AUGGAGCUGCAGGGCGGAGCUCCGUGCGCUGGAGCUGGCUGGGGGGCGCGGCCGAGGUGGUGCGGCGGGCGGGGCAAGCGGCCGCGGCGAGCUGCGGAGCGCGCGGCGGGCGGGGCGAGCUGCGGAGCGCGCGGCGGGCGGGGCGAGGUGGCGCGACUCGCAGCGGCGCGCGCGGGGAGGCGAGGCAAGGUGGCGCUGCGGGCGUGGCAAGCUGCGGCAGGCGCGGGGAGCGGCGAGGCUAGCGCGGCGGGGCGGGGCGAGCGGCGAGGAGCACCAGCAGGAGCAGGCGAGGCGCACGAGCAGGAGGCCGCGGCAAGCUGGCGUGAGCAGGCGAGCGGGGGCCGCGGGCACAGGCGUUUCGCGCAAUGGCGGGCGGCGGGCCGCGGCCGCGGCAGGACGCGCGCAGGCAAGCGGCGGGAGAUCCGGGUUGGUGUCGACCUCGUCUGCGGGCAGGGAUGCGGCGCGGAGAGCGGCGGCCCAUCAGGUGUUCGACGAAAUGCCGACAUGGUCAUGUCCAAAAUGCGUCAGCCCCGCGUUGGGCACAUCGGCUGA